AUCCAGCUCCACUGUCGUUUAACAAAAAAGAUAAAAAAAAGUUUGAUCUCAGAACGUCUCUCUCGAUUACAUUGCGGCUUAGGACUGAGUCAGUGAGUCUCCGGAUCGAGUUAAGGGAUGGGAGGCAACGGAGAAUUGAAGUACGAGAUCUCACAGAACGCGUACAUCAAACUCGUCCUCCACUCUCUGCGCCACAAAACGGCGGCGGUCAACGGAGUCCUCGUCGGUCGAAUCAGCUCAAAGGACGAAGGAGUCGUGGAGAUCUCAGAUUCCGUGCCGCUCUUUCACUCCAACCUCGCUCUCCUCCCUCCUCUCGAGAUCUCCCUCAUCAUGAUAGAGGAGCAUUACGUGGCUCAAGGUUUGAGUAUUGUUGGCUACUUCCAUGCCAACGAGAGGUUCGACGAUGUGGAGCUCUCUGGUGCGGCUAAGAACGUCGGUGAUCACAUCUCUCGCUAUUUCCCCCAGGCGCCAAUUCUCUUGUUGGACAACAAAAAGCUUGAAGCCUUAUCAAAGGGUAAAGAUCGAAGCCCUGUGAUGCAGCUUUGUGUGAAAGAUGCUUCCAAGAACUGGAGAGUUGUUGGAACUGAUGGAGGAAGCAAGCUACUCUUGAAAGAGCCAUCGGCCAAUGUAGUUUUGUCAGAUUACAUUUCAUCUGAGAAAUGGAAGGUCGUCACAGAUUUUGAUGAUCAUCUUGAUGAUGUCACCAAGGACUGGCUAAACUCUGGACUUUUCAACUGAAGACGGGUUUGUGUUAUAGCUUAUCAGAGUUUUGCUUUUAUCAUCUUCAGUCGAAAACAAAAACAUGACCCUUGUUUACAAUUUCCCUUGAAUCUUGUUCAAGUAUUAUCUUAGCUUGCGCAACGGUCAUAUCUCAAACCCUAGUUUUAUCAUUUGAAUGAUAUCUUUUGGGGCUUGUUCUAGUGAUUCACUUAGUUUAUAUAUCUUUGUUUGCACUUUGAUUAUAUAGCUGAAAUGAAAGCUUUGAUUUA